GUGUACCAAGUUGAAGUUGCGCGGAUUCGGAAGCUUUUGAAACGCAUCGCAGCAACCGCAGCUCCCUUCCGUCAUCGACCCAUAUAAUCAAUUCGAACUCGUCCACUUUUCCUCACGCCACUUUGCUUUUCACGUUUACGAUCGUCUGUCCACGACUCUUACGACAAACCUUGUUGUUCUACCAAUUCCGCCCUCAUCAUGUCUCGUUUUGAACGUCAUAUUCGCAGGGGCCAUCCUAUCGUGUUUGGCUUGAUUAUUCUCUUCAGCAUUAUUGAACUUUCGAUCUCCGCAUGGCUAGUGUCUCGUUUCAAUGCGCAUCACAACUAUCCAUCCACAGGCGUCCGAGAUAGAACUCGUUUUCUGCUGUUCACGUCGAUAUGGACAAUCGUCUUCUCAGUACCCUUCAUGUUCUUCUUCUGGCGUUCUAGUAGCUCUGGAGAAGAGUCCGUUCUAACGAGUGUGGGUGCUCACGGCGUAUUUCUCUUCAUAACUUGGGUAUUCUGGACGGCAGGCGCAGCAGCAAUCACUGCGGGCUUGAAUGGUGGUCUUGAUUGCUCUCGAGAUGAUAUAUCGUAUUGCGGUCAACAAAAUGCUCUUGAAGCUUUCGCUUGGAUCACAUGGAUCCUGGUGACCUUCGCCUUAUUCAUUGCUAUCUGGAGAGGGAUCUCUGCCUCUCGUCGCGGCGAUGGCAUGCGUGGCUCUCUUGUUUAGGCUGGACUCGUGCCCAAUUUACAUGUUUUUUUAUUAUUCUUCGUAUUAUAAUCCCGUGUUUGUUUAUAACUUCGGACUCUACGGACUGUCUUGUUUGUUGUGCUAUACUUUUUUCAAUAUCGAGUAGUGCUAGCUAAUGA